GCGGCGGGGAGCGCGGGGGCCCGGCGGCAAGGAUGAGGGCGGGCUCGGAGGGCAGCGGGGAGGGCGAGGGUCUCUCCAGCCUGCGGGCCUUCGCCCACAGCUCCUCGCUGCACGGCAUCAGCCACGUCUUCGCCUACGGGGCCGUGUCGCUGCGCCGCGUGCUGUGGGGCGCCUUCUUCCUGGGCUCGCUGGGCCUGCUGCUGCUGGUCUGCGCCGAGCGCGUCGCCUACUUCCUCACCUACCCCCACGUCACCAAGCUGGACGAGGUGGCCGCCCACAACCUCACCUUCCCGGCCAUCACCAUCUGCAACCUCAACGAGUUCCGCUUCUCCAAGAUCACCCGCAACGACAUGUACCACGUGGGCGAGCUGCUGGCGCUGCUCAACGACCGCUACGAGAUCAGCAACCCGCAGCUGGCCGAGCCCCACGUCCUGGCCGCCCUGCGCGACAAGGCCAACUUCAAGAACUUCAAGGCGAAGCCCUUCAGCAUGGCCGAGUUCUACAACCGCACCGGCCACGACCUGGCCGACAUGCUGCUGCAGUGCUCCUUCCGCGGCGCCAACUGCACCGCCCGCAACUUCACCGUGAUCUUCACCCGCCUUGGCAAGUGCUACACCUUCAACUCGGGGGGACCGGGCCGGGAGGUGCUGACCACGCUGCAGGGCGGCGCGGGGAACGGCCUGGAGCUGAUGCUCAAUGUCCAACAAGAGGAAUACCUGCCCGUCUGGGGGGACACGGACGAGACCUCCUACGAGGCGGGGGUGAAGGUGCAGAUCCACAGCCAGGAGGAGCCCCCCUUCAUCGACCAGCUGGGCUUCGGCGUGGCGCCCGGCUUCCAGACCUUCGUGUCCUGCCAGCAGCAGCGGCUGGUGUACCUGCCCCCACCCUGGGGGGACUGCAAGGCCACCCCCAUCGAGUCUGAAUUCUUCACCAACUACAGCAUCACCGCCUGCCGCUUGGACUGCGAGACCCGCUACCUGGCUGAGAACUGCAACUGCCGCAUGGUGCACAUGCCGGGCAACGCCAACGUCUGCACCCCAGAGCAGUACAAGGAGUGCGCCGACCCUGCGCUGGACUUCCUGGUGAAGAAGGACAGCGAGUACUGCGCCUGCCGCACGCCCUGCGCCAUGGUGCGCUACGGCAAAGAGCUCUCCAUGGUGAAGAUCCCCAGCAAGGCAUCCGCCAGGUACCUGGCCAAGAAGUUCAACAAGACGGAGCAGUACAUCGCGGACAACGUGCUGGUCCUGGACAUCUUCUUUGAGGCCCUGAACUACGAGAUGAUAGAGCAGAAGAAGGCGUACGAGGUGGCGGGGCUGCUGGGCGACAUCGGGGGGCAGAUGGGGCUCUUCAUCGGUGCCAGCCUCCUCACCAUCCUGGAGAUCUUCGACUACCUGUACGAGGUGUUCCGGGACAAACUCCUCAGCUUCUACAAGGAGAAGAGGAGGACGCCCAGGAGCGACAGCAGCACCCUGGAGCAUCCAGCGGUCCCGGGCAGCCCCGCUGUCCCGCUCCCGCCGGGGCCCAGAGCACCCGUCCCCCCCUGCGCUGCCACACGGACAGUCUCAGCUUCGCCACGAACGUGCUACCUCGUCACCCGGCUCUAGGCGCUUUCGAGGAGUUUGCCUGCUGAGGGGCCAGCCCCACGCCCCCCGGCCGGGCCGGGGGGGGGGGGAACGACUGGGGGGGCCACUGGCAGCAGACCCGGGCACCCCUGCCACCCUGGGACCUGGGGACCCCACGCGGCUGCGGGGCUGGCACCGGGCCCUGAGGUGCCCCGCUCUGCGCCCCCCCCCCACAACUGAGGGGGUGGCAGGGGGCUGGGGGCGGCAGGGCCCCCCCCGGUCCUGCUCCCAUGUACCUGCAUGUGCUGCUUGCGCCCGCGCCCCUCCCUGCUGCGCUGUACAUGCGAUGCCCGCUCGCUGCGGCCCCCCACCCCAUUAAAGACCUGCCCCAA